UCGACCCGACCAUGAUGAUGGGUUGACGCGUUGACAAAAAUCGAAUAAAAACAAAAAAUAAAAUAUAUAAAAAAUAAAAAAUAUUCGAUUCCAAUCCAGAAAAUUGUUGCCGAAAUCUUAAAUGAAUGGCCGCUCAAAGUGAUUAUCUUCUAAACGAAACCGAAUUAAAUAAAUUGAAUGGCGAAAAGAAAAUCAUUUAUGUUUAUGAUUGGCUACGACAUUUGUCAAAACUUUUACAUAAAGCCGAAAAGGAUGACAUUAAAGAUAUACAGAAAACUUUAGUUGAUCAAUUAAUGAAACAAUUAUCUAGCCAAAAUGGUAAUCCAUCUCGAAGAUUGAUUGCAAAAUGUUUGGCCAUGAUAUUUACUGUUGGUGAUACUUUUUUGCUUUUCGAUACGGUCAAUAAAUUUAUCGAAACAUUAAAGAACAAAGAUGAUUCUGCAUCAAUUUCUAAUACAAAAUUAUCAUCAAUAAUUUGUAUUGGUAUUAUGUACGAAAAUCUGGGAAGAUUGAUGGGUCGAACAUAUGAUGAAACGGUUCAAUUGUUGUUGAAAUUACUGAAAAAUGCCGAUUCACAAACAAGAUUCGAAAUAUAUUCAACACUUGGUAUGAUAAUAUCAGGAUUAGGUUCAGCUGGAAAUUCAAUUUAUCGUGAUGUUUAUAAAAGUCUUAAACAUGGAAUGCUUGAUCGAUCAAUGUCAGUUCGUGCAAAUGCAGCUCGUUGUUUACAAAAAUUAAUCGAAGUUGCACCAUUUUUGUAUACAACCGAAAUCGAAAAUGUUUUUUCACUUUGUUUUCGUUCAUUUGAUGGAUCCAACUAUGAAGUUCGUUUAGCUGUUGCUCAAACUCUCGGAACAGUUGCUGCAAUUACACAAACACCUUCAAUCAGACAAAAUCUACAAUCACUUCAAGUGUCAGCCAAUUCAACAAAAGUAAAAAUUUUUACAAUUGAAGAAAUUUUGAAUCUUUUUGCAUCGGGAUUUUUACGUGGUGGAAUUGGCUUUCUAAAAGCUGGCGAAAUGAUUAAAGGUAGUUCAACGGCCAAUCGUGAAAUAAGAAUCGGUGUAAUUCAUUCAUAUGUUGAUUUUUGUAACCGUAUGGGAUAUGAAUGGAUCGAACGAAAUAGUCCAAUUUUAUUGAAUCAUUUUUUCGAAAUACUAAGCAAUUCGAAAGCGGUUUCUACACAUUUGGAUGCCAUUCAUAGUCGAAGAUGUAUAACAUUUAUAUUGAGAAUGAUUAUCAGUACUUAUAUUAUGGAAAAAGGACAAUUUAUGGCAAUCAAAGAAUUGGUCAAAAUUAUGUCACAAUAUUCAAGAAUCGGGCAUGCUAAUACUAAUCAAAAAUCUCAAGAUUCAGUAAAUGCUGAAGCGGAAAAAAAUACUAUGAUAAGAAAUGCAAUCGAUUUACAAACAGCUCAUCAUAUUUUAGUUGUUUGUCUAUUGGAAAUUGGUACAUUAGUCAAUCAAUUGGGUGCUUCUUGUCUGGCUAUUUUGCAUGAUACUCAAUUAAGUUUGAUCGAUAAUGUAUGUUUUGUGAUUAAUCAUCCGGCACAUAUUGUUCGAUUAUCAGCUGCCUGGUGUUUACGAUGUAUAUGUUUAGCAGUGAAUAGUCAACUUACACCUUUGAUGGAACGUUCAUUAGAACGGCUAGAAACAUUACGUGCAAGUCCUGAAUCGAUAAAUGGUCAUUCAUAUGUUUUAUCAGCAUUGUUUGGAACGGUUCGUUAUACACCGUUAGGUAUACCACAAAACAAAACAAAAUUAAUAUUCAAUAUUGCCGAAGAUUUAUUACGAACAGCAUCACAAAAUAGUCGUCUUUCGAUGCCACGAACACAGGCUGGUUGGCAACUAAUGGGUGCCGUAUUGUCAUUAGGUCCAGGUCAGAUUAAAAAUCUUCUUCCUCGUUUGUUAUUGUUGUGGAAGAAUUCAUUUCCACGCAAUACAAAAGAAUUGGAUUCGGAAAAAGCACGUGGUGAUGCUUUCACAUGGCAAAUAACAUUGGAAAAUCGUGCCGGCGCAUUGGCUGCAAUGUCAAGUUUUUUAACUUAUUGUUCAAAAUUAGUAACCGAUGAAAUACGACGACGGUUAUUCACACCAAUCGAAUCGGCUAUCACAAUGCUUGUAUCAUUGAAUAGUCAUUUUAAAACAUUAGGACCAGCAAUCAAAGGCAGCUAUACAAUGGUUCGAUUACGAUUAUAUCAAGUUUUAUUAUCGUUACCACCACAACUUUAUGAAAAUUGUUUUGCCAAUCUUCUUCGUUUAUUGGUUUCCGAUCUAACAUUGACCGAAAAUGUUGUAAAUACAUCAAGUUCCUUAAUUCGUGAUCUAAUGCAAACUAAUGCUGAUAUUAUACUUGGUUCAUGGAUUCAGGAUACUGAACAUAGUUUGGUUGAAGAUCAGAUACAAAAUCAUCUAUCAUCUGGCAUCGGUUCAAUUGAAUAUGAUCCAACCAUAUUGUAUAAAUCGUCUAAUGAUCCAUUAUUGGUACCUUCAUCACCACCAUUAGCCGUUGCCGUUAUUAAUAAAUCGGCACAAGUUUUUGCUUUAGUUUUUCCUUAUGUUGCGCAAAAACAUCGUGUACAGAUGUUGAAUCAUUUUCAAGAAUGUUUAAAACAUGCUAAAUCUUCUCGACAAGAAGCCAUUCAAAUUAAUAUAUUAACAGCUAUGCUUGGUGCUUUAAGGACAUUGGUGGAGAAUAAAAUCAAUUUGGGAAUCGAUGAAGUUCGUAAACUAGUCGUUGCACAGCUAUUCAACGUAUUGAACCAUCCGAACAUAUUGAUACGUUAUGCUGCCGCUGAAUGUCUUGGACGUUGUGUACAGACAAUUAAUGAUGGAAAAUUUUUAUCCAACAUUACGCAACAAUGUUUUGAAAAAUUACGUACAGCUCGUGAUGCAUUGACUAGAACGGGUUAUUCAUUAGCUAUUGGUUGUAUACAUCAUUAUGUUGUAGGAAUGGGUUCGGUUCCACAACUAAAGAAUAACAUUAGUCUUUUGUUAGCGUUGGCCGAUGAUCAUUCAUCACCAUCUGUGCAAUUAUGGGCAUUACAUGCACUAACAUUGAUUGUCGAAUCUGGUGGGCCAAUGUUUCGACCAUAUGUUGAACCAACUUUAUCUCAAUGUUUAAAAAUUCUAAUGGCAUUAUCACCAUCAUUAAUCGAUAUUCAUCAAAGUAUUGCCAAAUGUCUUUCGGCUAUUAUUACUACGAUAGGACCAGAAUUUCAAACUUCUACACAUUCCAUUGAUGAAAUUCGCAAAAUGAUAAUGAUUGCAUGUUCCAUAUUACAGGAACAUGGUGAUUUCCUUAUCAAAAGUGAAACUAUUGCCUGUCUUCAACAGCUUCAUAUGUUUGAUAGAAAUUGUUAUGAAUUGAAUGAAUUAAUAUUCAUUCUAUGUGAUGGAUUUAUUAAUUCAAGAUAUUUACUUCGUAAAGCAUCUAUCUCUUGUUUUCAACAGAUUGCACAGAAAGAUUCAAAAGCAUUAAUAGAAUAUGGAUCGGAAUGGGUUGCACGAAAUAAAUCUCAGCAAACCGUUGGAAUCAUUUCGAAUUUUAAUCUACGAUCCAAUCAUCAAUUUCCAGGCAUACUUGUUGCAUUGCUUGAUUAUGAAACAAAUUCUUCGAAUAUGAAUAAUAUUAAGAAAAUAUUGAACUGUCUUGUACAACAUGUGGAUGAAAAGAAUCUUAACCUAUGGAUUACAUUGUGUAAAGAAGUAUUAAGUGCAUCGGAUGCUGGAGUUACUACGGAUUCGUCCAAUGAGAAUGAUCAUGAAACCGAAGAAGGUGAUUUUGAAGAAAGUGGAUUUAAAUCUAAUCAUAAUGAUUCAUUGAAUAUUAAGCUAACUUAUCGCUGGCAAACUCGAGUGUUCAUCAUGAAUAUUUUAUACAAGAUUAUUGCUGCAUGUAGUCAAUCAUCGAAUGAUACGGCCAUUCAUUUUGAUUUGAAUUUAGCGAGGGAAAAACGUCUCACAGAACCAGAUCAAGACUUUCUUGUUUUACAUUUACCGGAUUUAGUUCGAAUGUCUUUUAUUGGUGCUACAUCCGACUGUGAUCAAUUACGUAUGGAAGGUUUAAAAACACUCGAAUUGGUUAUCGAUAAAUUUGCUCAUGUUCCAGAACCAGAAUUUGAAAAUCAUGUAAUUUUGGAACAAUAUCAGGCACAAGUCGGUGCUGCAUUACGUCCAGCAUUUGCAGUGGAUACUCCAUCACAUGUAACAGCUAUGGCAUGUCAAGUUUGUAGUGCUUGGAUUGGAAGUGGUGUAGCCAGAGAUCUAAAUGAUUUACGUCGAGUUCAUCAACUUCUUGUUUCAUCAUUAGAAAAACUACAUAAACAUUCGAAUUCAAAAAUCUUUAAUGAAAGUGCAUCGACAAUGGAAAAAUUGGCCAUAUUAAAAGCAUGGGCUGAAGUUUAUGUUGUAGCUAUGUUACGAAAUAAAGAAGAAAAAAUGAAGAAAUCUUCAUCAAAUAAUAGUGAAAGUUUAUUAGAUCUUGUACAGCCACAAUUAUUAACAUUAUCAAAAUAUUGGAUUUUUGCUUUAAAAGAUCAUGCUUUACUUACAUUACCAGAUGAAUAUUAUAGUCAAAUACCACCAGAUGGAAGUACAUUUUUCAAUCUUGAAACCAUUGAUAUUGUACGGCCAAUGUAUCGUGCUUCAUGGCCAUCAAUUUUAAAUGCUGCAGCAUUAUGGCUUUGUACUGAUAAAGGAUUUGAAUUAUUGGAUAAUGAUAGUUCAUUAAAUCUAACAAGAUUUGAACAAUUUUAUUUAUUAUUUGGUGUUUGUAUUGAAUCUUUAAGUAAUCCAAAAUCAACCGAACAAGCUAUACAUGUUCAAACAUAUCUUGAUUCAUUAAAAGAACUUAUUCAACAUAAUGAAGUAACCGAAACAAUUUUAUCAAAUGAUACAAAAUUAAUAUUAGAAUUAUGUCAAGUAUUACAUCGUCUUUUAUUAACACAUGAAGUUUCUGGUUCACAAGUGGUUAUAACCGAAAUUAUUAAAUCUUUAAUCGAUAUACAGAUACGAAUGAAACGUGAUGAUAAUAAUGAUGAUUCGAAUGAUGGUUCAUCAGUUACAGGUGUUGAAGCACAUAAAUCGAUUGUUUAUUCUAUAUUGGAAAUAUGUUUAGCCAUUCUAGUUAGACAAUUACCACAACUUUGUCCACAAUUGGCCAAAACACCGGAAUUUUCUUUUGUUCGUAGUCAUAAAUCUACAAAUUAUGCCCUGUUCAAUAAUGAUAAUGCACGAAUCAUUGCAAAUGUUUUACAAAUCUUAACCGAUCUUUGUAAUGUUUGUCGACCAUCAGAUAGCGUUACAAUAUUGCCAACAAUUCUUUAUCUAUUUAUUGGUGUAUUUUGUGAACUAUCCGUUGUAUGUCAAACUGUUUAUGAUGAAAAAUUAUAUGAAAAACAACCGAUAAUCACUUUUCUUAAGUGUAUUAAAAAUUUUUGUACAUCACCAAUAUUAUUGAAUCAUAAUAAUGAUAAUGAUGAAAUUCGUAUAAAGUGGAUUCAAUUACUACAGACUGCUAUUGCUCGAAUAUUAGAUCUUUCUAAAACAAGUGGUGAUGAACAGAAACAAGAUUUUAUAUCAACAUUAUUGGCCAUCGGUGUAUUUAUCAUACAUUCACCGGAACAAGUUUUAUCUCAUCCACAAAUACAAUAUCCGGUUAUUAAUCUAAUGACACGUGCAUUAAAAUCCGAAAAUGAACUUGUUCAAUUGAAAUGUAUUGAAACAUUGAAAUCAGUGUUUACAAUACAACAAAACAAUGAUCAAUCUACUUUUUAUAUACAUAAUUUAGCCAAUGAAUUGAUUGAUGUAUAUUAUUCAUUGGUUACAUCUUUUCGAAUGAAUCAAUCAUUAUCGAAUAAUCGUAUUGCAUCAAUGAUUAAUAUUUUAGCAUGUUUAGAGAUUCUUGUUAGCAAAGCUAAUGAUGAAAAACGAAUCAAUAUGCUUUACAUUUAUAUUCCGGCAUUGAUUUCAUUGUUGAAUGUUGAUCAAUCUUCAACAGAAAUUCACCAGACCAACACCAGACUAGUAAGUCAAUUUCAUACACAAAAAAUUAUGAUACAUGAACAUUCAUUGAAAAAAUUAACCGAAAUUGGACCAAAAUAUCCGGAUGAAUUUAAACAAAUUAUGAAUGGUAAUCCAACAUAUAGUGAUUGUCUAAAGAAAGCUAUCCAUCAUCAAGGACGAAAAAAUCUUCAUGAUAUAAACAAUGGUUCAACAACAACAUUAUCACAACAAAAAUCAUCAAAUGAAAAUCAAAGCAUUAAACUUAAAGUUGAUUUUAGUAAUUAUAAAUAA